GUCGCCCGCUGAUGAGGUCACUGGGAGGCGUCGCUCCAUGGUCUAGCUGCUGUUAUUUGAUCGGGAGUUGCUGGCUCUGUGUUAUAAGGAUUCUCUUAUCUUCAGCUAGACUCCAUGCCGUGCCUGCAGAGCACACUGUGCUGCUCGCUGCUCUGCCAGUGACGGGGGGCUGCUGUUGUCCUGUGAAGAUGGGGGUGCUGAGGAUUGCUAUACCAGCCUGUUUGUUUACAUAGAAGGUGCAGGAGCUGCCAAGCAGGAAGCAGCAGGUUCCUGGAUCUGUAACAGCUGUGAGUCCCAUGGGCUACAGGCAGCUUGUCUGGGCUGUGACACAAAUCUUUUAUCUCCAUUAAAGUGCACUACAGGCUUCCUCAGCACAGACUGUUCAGCCAUGUGCCCCUGGCUGCAUGUGCUCACACUGAUCAUGACUACCUACCUGCUGGUUAACAGCCAUGAGGGGCCAGCAUACCAGUCCCAUCAGCAGCCUGAGACCCCUGACUGGAGGAUGACUCUGAAGACCAUCAGGAAUGGGGUGCAUAAGAUUGACAUGUAUCUGAAUGCAGCCCUGGACCUUCUUGGAGGAGAGGAUGGACUUUGUCAGUUUAAGUGUAGAGAUGGAUCUAAGCCAUUUCCACGCUACGGCUACAAACCCUCACCUCCAAAUGGAUGUGGCUCUCCAGUAUUUGGUGUCCAUUUUGACAUAGGCAUUCCUUCCAUGACAAAAUGUUGCAAUCAGCACGAUCGCUGCUAUGACACCUGCGGUAAUAUGAAGAAUGAAUGUGAUGAGCAGUUUCAAAGCUGUCUCUCCAAGAUCUGCCGAGACGUGCAGAAAACUCUGGGCAUUUCAGAGAGCGUUCAAGCUUGUGAAUCAACUGUGUCUCUGCUUUUUGAAACGGUCAUACACCUGGGAUGUAAACCUUACAUGGAGAGCCAGAGAGCUGCCUGCAUGUGUCAGUUCGAAGAAAAGAUUGACUUGUGAAGUAAACUAUAGGAAUUUUAUAACCAUAAUCUCAAGUACCUUAACAUUUCAGUCAUGCUGUUGUGACUUGUAUGAAAGACUCUUUAACAGAUAUUUAAUAUUUUGUUAGAAAUGCAAUCAAAGAAAAUUAAUAUAUUUUAAUGCAAAAUAAAAAGUAAAUUGUUUUAAA